AUGCAGAUUAACAAUUAUGUUGUCUUCUUCAUGGCUAAUAUUACUGGUGCGUCUUGUGUUCUUUCCUUAAUUCCCUUAAUAUCCUCUCUUCAGUUUGAGUUCUCUCGUUUUGACUCCGACCUAUCUGACAUAUCAUACCAAGGAGAUGCGACUCCUUUGCAAGGAGCCAUUGAAUUGAUUACUGUGGAUAAUUUUUAUAGAGUGGGAUGGGCCUCGUAUGCCCACAAGGUGCCAAUAUGGGAUCCAAAAACCGGUCAAACCUCCGAUUUCACUACCCAUUUCUCCUUCGUCAUAGACACACUUGGCGCUGAUUCUUACGGAGAUGGUCUUGCAUUCUUUCUUGCUCCCUUUGGUUCCCAGAUUCCUGCUAAUUCAGCAGGAAAUUACCUUGGCCUUCUUAACACCACGACGAUUAAGGAUACAUCUAGAAAUCAAAUUGUUGCAGUUGAAUUUGACACAACCUCCAGCGAUGCUUUUGAUCCUCAACACGAGCAUGUCGGUAUUGAUGUGAACACAUUGCAAUCGGUUACUACCUUGCCUUGGAAUGCAAGUAUGUAUACUGGAAAUGUGAUAGAUGUUUGGAUCACAUACAAUUCUUCAACUACAGAUUUAACUGUUAACUGGGCUAACAAAACUAAUCCCAAUUCAACUAUCUCUCACAAGGUGGACUUGAAGAAAGUUUUGCCACAAUGGGUAAUGGUCGGAGUUACAGCUUCCACUGGUUCAUUUAGACAGAAGCACAUUAUUCAAUCAUGGGAGUUCAGUUCAAGCUUGGAUAUCAAAGAACAAAGUGGAACACGAAGGCAUAUCAAAUUGAUCUUAGGUCUAUCAUUAUCCAUAGGUCCUCUUGUGAUUGGGAUAAUACUUGCAAUUACACUGAAAAAAACAAUAUGCAAGUCUAAAGAUGUCGAAGCCAAUUUGAUCACAUCUAUGAAUGAUGAUCUCGAAAGAGGGUUAGGGCCACACCCAUUCUCUUACGGUGAUCUUGCAUUGGCCACGAACAAUUUCUCAGAAGAACGCAAGCUCGGUGAAGGAGGUUUCGGGAGUGUUUACAAGGGCUACCUGAUUUCUCUGGACUUGCUAAUAGCCGUAAAGAAGAUUUCAAAAGCGUCCAAGCAAGGGAAGAAAGAGUAUGUGACUGAGGUAAAGGUCAUUAGCCAAUUAAGGCAUCGAAAUUUGGUACAACUCAUUGGUUGGUGCCACGAUCAUCAGGGUCAAUUCCUGCUUGUUUAUGAGUUCAUGCCAAACGGCAGUCUCGAUGUGCACCUUUUUGGAAAGAAAGUUGUGUUUAAUUGGGACACGAGGCAUAAGAUAGCUCUUGGUCUCGCGUCUGCGCUACUGUACCUUCAUGAAGAGUGGGAGCAAUGUGUUGUUCAUAGGGACAUAAAAUCAAGCAACAUAAUGUUAGAUUCGAACUUCAACGUCAAACUUGGAGACUUUGGAUUGGCGAGGCUUACAGAUCACGACCAUGGCCCAGAAACAACAGGGCUAGCCGGAACACUAGGUUACAUGGCACCUGAAUACCUAAGGACAGGCAGGGCGAGCAAAGAAUCCGAUGUUUAUAGUUUCGGAGUGGUGAUCUUAGAAAUUGUCACGGGGAGGCGGUGCAGGGACGCAAAGCUUGCAGAAUCCCAAAUGGGGUUGGUGGAAUGGGUUUGGGACUUGUAUGGAAAAGGAAAAAUUCUCGACACUAUAGAUAAAAGAAUGAAUCAAGAAUUUAAUGGUAAUGAAGUUGAAUGUUUAGUGAUUGUUGGCUUGUGGUGCGCUCACCCUGAUCAUACGUUGAGGCCAACCAUAAAACAAGCAACACAUGUUCUUCAUUUUGAUUUGUCGUUGCCUAAGCUUCCUCCAAAGAUGCCGACUUCGAUCUACUACCCGCAAACAGAAUUGAGCAAACCUUUGGUUACUUCUCAUGAGCCUUUGAUUACCUCUUCAAGCAUGCAAGUUGGGCGCUGA